UUUUAAUUUCAGAGAUUUCAUGGACUUUUCUUCGGUAUUUUAGAUAUACCAGUAGCAUUUGACAUGAUUGUCUUAAAUAGUUAAAUACUAGUUAUAAUUAGAAAUUUUAAAUGAUAUUUUCACAUUGUUAUCUGAAUUAUACGUUUAAAUACCUAAAUUGGUGAUACAUCUGCUGACAAUAUUGGUUUGAUCCGGUGUUCGUUUCUACGAUAUAACAAUGGCAGAGUACUUGGCUGCUAUAUUUGGUACAGAAAAGGAUAAAGUAAACUGUUCAUUUUACUUCAAAAUUGGAGCGUGCCGACACGGUGAUCGCUGUUCACGCAUUCAUAACAAGCCAACCUUUUCUCAGACUGUAUUACUACAAAACUUGUAUGUAAAUCCACAAAAUUCUGCGAAAUCAGCCGAUGGCAGUCAUUUGGUUGUUGCCAACGUGUCUGAUGAAGAGAUGCAGGAACACUAUGACAACUUUUUUGAAGAUGUAUUUGUUGAAUGCGAAGAUAAAUAUGGUGAGAUAGAAGAAAUGAAUGUUUGUGACAAUCUUGGGGACCAUUUAGUUGGAAAUGUUUAUAUUAAAUUUCGUCGAGAGGAAGAUGCUGAGAAAGCAGUUAACGAUUUAAAUAACCGCUGGUUUGGAGGCCGGCCAGUCUAUGCAGAACUCUCGCCGGUGACGGAUUUUCGCGAAGCAUGCUGUCGUCAGUAUGAGAUGGGAGAAUGCACCCGAAGUGGAUUUUGCAACUUCAUGCAUCUGAAACCUAUUUCAAGAGAAUUAAGAAGAUACCUGUAUUCCCGUCGCAAGAGCGGUCGUCGUUCCCGGUCCCGUUCCCGCGAGAGACGGCGCCGCUCCCGCUCCCGCGAGCGACGCCGCGAGCCGCCACGCACCUCGCGCUCCGGCCGCUACUGACCGCUGCUCACCACUACUCACCACAGCCUCCGCUACAAGCUCGGUAGCUCGGUACCAGCAUUUACAUAUGAAUCCCAUGUUAAGUCUCAAACCGGUAUGCGGAGAACUAACGUUGAUGUUUAUCAUCAAGUAACGAUACACUUCUGUUGUAUAAUUUGACUGUAGUACUGUCUGCAUAUUUAAUAUUUGAAAAAAUAUAAAUUAAUGUUCCGCAUAUCUGUCCGCGAAUUUUACACGAUAUGUGAGCACGUUUGUUAGUGCGACCGUUCCGUAAACAUCCGCAUAGUGCCUCAAUACAUUAUUAUCAUUUUAGUAAUACAUAGGAAGACGCAUCUCGCAUCGUUAUAAAAUUAUUUUUUCUAUAUAAAGUAAGUAAGUGGUAUCUUUUCACUAUCGUGUCUUUCUAUCUGUACUGAGUUAAUUGAAUAAUAUCAAGCAGUCUGCGAGCUCAUCUGUUGAUGUGCAUAAAGAAAUAUAAACAAUACGUAUUAAUAUUCUUUAAUAUUUUAAGAGAAUUCUUUUGUGGAGAGUGAUUUCACUGUCACAUUAAUUAUGACAUUAUAACUGUCACAUAUUUAUAUAACGACCAUCCAUGUUUUUUUUUAUUUACUUUUUAUUGCAUAGUUGGGUGGACGAGUCCACGGCCCACCUGAUGUUAAAG